CCUCCCCUUCUCCUUAGCAUCUGAAAGACCUCUGAGUGAGAAUCGAUGGCGCAGAGGCCCGCUUGACAGGACAAUAAACCACAAAGAAGGGGCUGUGAGGAGCAGUGAUGCCCCAGCACACGGAGGGUCUGCCCCCGAGUCCAGCUGCCUCCCCUGCCUGGCCCCCAGCCCCUGCCCAGGCCUGAACCCCGGCCAACACGUCCCAUGAGGCCACCACGAGAACUCCGUCUGUCUGCUCUGCAUGGGGUCUCCCACAUAUGAAUGGACAUGGAGGAUGAAGAUGGGACUUGUCUACUUGAUGUUUUGUGCGAUCCCCAGGCCCUGAACGACUUCCUCCACGGGACUCAUGAGCUGCAGGAUGAAGACCUGCUCCUUAGCUCCUCCUCUGGGGAGCCCUCCCUGCUCACCGACGCCCCGAGCCCUGUCUCUCUAUUGGCUGAGGACAGCACCUCCCAAGACACGCCCCCCCCUGGCUGUGUGGAUCUGUCCUUCCUGGAGGAGGCUCUGCUGGCGUCUCCGGAGCCAGACGCCUCCCCAGGGGGCGUUGGGGGGGCAGCGCAGGCGGGGCGUGCCGAGGACGAGGAGGUGGCCUGUGACAUCCUCCAGCAGAGUCUCCAGGAGGCUGACAUCACGGAGCAGACCAUGGCUCUGGAGGCGGGCCUGGAUCCUCCUGGGGAGGGCCUGUCUCUGUAUGCCCCCGGCCCCCCCCUCCUCUCCCCUCCUGUCAUGCCCUUCCUCCCUAAAGUGGUGCCCUUCCCCCCCACCCUGCCCAGGGACACCCAGGCAGCGGUGGAGCCCCCCCAGCCCUCCCUGCUGGCCGUGGGGCCGGGCUGCCCCUCUCUGAAGCCCACUGCUCCUCAGCUCAUGGGUCUCCUCCCUGGGAGCGUGUUCCCCGCCCCUCCCCCCGAACCCUCCUUCUCCCUGAGUCCUGUCCAGGCCUCCAGCAUGCUCCUCCAGAAGGCCCUGCCCAGCUUGACAGGGCGCCCUCUCAUCGCCCCCAGCCUGAGGACCACCCCGGGCCCGGGGAUCCUGCUCCAGAGGGGUCCCCUCCCCAUCCAGCCCAAGCUGCCCAUCAGCAUCCAGCCCCGGCUGGUUCAGAUCAGCCCCAAGCCUCCUGGGCACAAACCCUCCCCGGGUCUCACCUUCGUCCCUGGGACCAAGUCUCCCAACAUCCUGCUGUCCCCUCCUCCGGGCCCCCAUCCCCCCUCGCAGCCCCCGCCCGGCCCCCAGCCCCCUAAGCCUGUCAGCCUGCAGCUCCUCAACCAGGGGGGCUCCUUCGUGCUGCAGCCCCAGGGCCUCUUUCAUGGCCAGGGCCAGUUCCUCCUCCCCAGCCAGGCCCCUGUCACCCUGUCCCAGCCCGCGGGGGCCCCUCGGUCCCUCCUCACACCUGGCCCCCAGGGCCCCCCCAUCCAUGGCGUGUCCUCUUCGGCAGGCCACCUGGUUGACGGCUCCCAGAUCCUGACCGUCCCCCACCGCCACCUCAACUUCAGCCCCGUGUUCACCACGCCGUCCGGGCAGCUAACUCUGCGCCAGGGCGCCCUGCUCUCCGGCCCCUUGCAAAUCCAGCCGGCACCCCCUACAGUCUUCCAGAUGCCGGCGCAGCUAGCGGGAGCCUACGCCCCAACGGGGCAAAGCCAGCGGGCCACACUGGUCCACAGCCCCGCCCUGGGGAACCACAUCACCCUGAUCAACAGUUCCACCAUGCUGCCCCCAGACCUCACGUCCAUCUCCAUCCUCAACGGUGCCCCCGUGGUGCAGGGGCUGCCCUUUGCCGCCCCAGCCCGGAGGGGGGCGGUCACGGAGGCCCAGCUGAGCCUGCAGCAGGCGUCUGUGGUUCUGCUCCCGGAGAGGCCGGCUCUGGAGGGAAGGAGAGGAACAGACGAGCAGGAGCAGCAGCGGGGCCAGUCAAACAGACACGCUCUCCAACACGCCGCUCAGCAGUCUCUGGUUCCAGGUCUCCAGCCCCCCUCCCCCCCUGUGGUCACCCUGCUGCCAGCCCCCCAGGCUAGCCCCCCGGGCUCCGACCCCCCACCUGUGGCGGCCCCCCUGCCCAAACACAUGCUUCCCCAGAGCGACAGGAAGCUGGAGGAGGUGCCCCUGGUGGCCCAGACCUUCAUCCACCACAUUCUGCAGCAGAAGCAUCUGUGUCCCAGCCCAGCAAGUGAGGCUGUCAGGGCUGCUCUGCCCCUGGAGCCCGAGGAGCCCGAGGAGCCGCCCCCCACGCCUUCACUCAUUGGUGAGGCCUCCGUAGCCCUAUCUGUCCUGACCAACCAGGAGCUGACCGGGGGACUGUCUGCGCUGACCCACCCCUGUGGGAUGACCUCUCCUCUGGGGUCUGAGAGCCAGGACCCGGCCGUGCUCUGCUCACCCCUGGACCAGGCCCUGGACAUCACCCCGCCCCCCAGCAGGGCUUCUCCAGCUGCUGGGGGGGGCAGCUUAACUCCCCAGGCCCAACUGGCCGAGUACAGCAGCCCCCUCGCUCUGGCCCCCAGCGUCUCCGGGCCUCUGGGACAGUCGGACCCCCCCUACGUGUCUGUGGAGGGGGGGGGCCCUGCUGUCCAGCAGCACACACAAAACACUGCUAUCUCGGACAUGGAGGGUAUAACCUUUAGUCUUGAAGUCCACCUGCCUUCCCCUCCACCCCAGCCCCCCAGACAUCACCACCUCCAUCCCCAGACAUCUCCACCCCAGCCCCCCAGACAUCACCUCCACCAUCCCCAGACACCUCCACCCCAGACCCUCAGACACCACCUCCACCAUCCCCAGACACCUCCACCCCAGCCCCUCAGACACCACCUCCACCAUCCCCAGACACCUCCACCCCAGCCCCUCAGACACCACCUCCACCAUCCCCAGACACCUCCACCCCAGCCCCUCAGACACCACCUCCACCAUCCCCAGACACCUCCACCCCAGCCCCUCAGACACCACCUCCACCAUCCCCAGACACCUCCACCCCAGCCCCUCAGACACCACCUCCACUAUCCCCAGGCUCAGGAUCUGCAGUCAGGGAUGAAGGUUCCAGGCCCUGCGGAGGAGAGGUGGGAGGAAAUACUUACACCAGCCAUGCGCAGACACAGGCUCCAGCAGCAGAUGUGCUUGGACCAGGAGGCGGUCCACAACCCCGCCCCUUGCAUGCCCUUCUCCAGUCUAGAGGAAGCUGUGAGAAACCUGCUCCCUUACCACACCUGUGCUGGGCUGGGGCCCACACACACACACUUCAGCUCAGUGGACGAGCAGUUUGAUUCGGUGUCAGCGUUUCUCCUGAACCGCACCAAGGACAUGGUCAACAAGUACAGGCAGCUACUGGUGGGGGAAGCCCAGCAGGUGAGCCCGUCUGCAGAGAUGGUGAUGCUGGAGAGGCUAUUCCUCCAGGCGGAGCGCCUGGCGCUGGGAGAGGAGAGGAGGAGAGCCCGCAGAGACCCAGAGUCCUUCCUGAUGGACCUUUGUGCACCAUCGUCCGCUCCCCCUUGUGCCUACACCCCCUCCCCCCACGUCCCCUCUGACAGCCCCCCCUCCCCCCCUGCCUGGAUGCGCCUGUCAACCCGCCCGCCCGGCCUCCGGACCUACCGCUCCAGCACCAGGGGGGGUCUGAGGCUCACCAUCAAACAUGAGUCUGGCUCCCGGAAGGUUGUCCUCAACUCCGCUUGCGACCCCUCGCGACGCACCGCCCCCUCCGGCCUCAAACGGGACCACGCCGGGCAGCUGACCAAUGGGAGCUUGAUCGUCAAGAAGCAGAGCCCUCACGGGACCAAUGGGACACCCUGUCCUCUGCCCAGGGCGGGGAUAUCCAACGGAGCCCCGCCUCCGAACGCUGCUGAGGAGGUUGGGCAUUCCGUACGGACGGAAGCGCGGGCCGCCUGUGGGGCUCCGCCCCCUCCAGACUCCAGCAGCCCUACACUAAAGAGCUACAAGCCCCUACCCCGCCAGCCCCCGCCCGAGCCCCACCCGACCGAGCGCCCUCCCCCAGAGGACCACAUGCUCAGUGAACACCUGCAGAGUGCCAUCGACAGCAUCCUGGAGCUUCAGCGUCUACAGGGUCCUAGCGCCCCCACACCCCGUGGCCAGCCAGCUCCCGCCCUGGACCAGGGAGUCACCAGCAUCCUGGAGGGACACCUGUAG